AUGAACGGUCCAGAGAGUUGGAUAACUGAGCCCAUCAUCGCAGGUCAGCCUGGGGAAGGAUCGCAAGCCUCCACGACCCUUCCCGAAAAUGAGCCCGUUUCGAAACAGAAGAGCACGUGGAGAGGUUACAUCUGGGACUCUUGGGAUCGGACACCAGAGGAGCGGAAACUUGUCCUCAAGAUGGAUUUGACACUCAUGACUUUUGGUUGCUUGGGAACAUUCAUCAAGUAUCUUGACAAGUCCAAUUUGCAGAGCGCAUUUGUGAGCGGUAUGAAAGAAGAUUUGUCCUUAUACGGAAACAUUAUUGCCCUUUGGCCUAGCAACCUCAUAUUGACGCGAGUGAAUCCACGCUGGUUUAUUCCCUUCCUUGAGCUGGGGUGGACCGUCAUUACGUUUCUUCAGGCCGUGAUGACGAAGCCAAGUCACAUCUGUGGUCAACUCUCCGGCGCAUGGUACCAAAAGCGAGAGUUGGCCCGUCGUUUAGCAAUCAUCAACAUUACAACGGCCAUCGGUCCUAUGUUCUCAAGCUACCUCCAAGCUGCGGCCUAUACUGGAUUGAACGGUGUUCAUGGCAAAGCUGGCUGGCAGUGGUUGUUCAUAAUUGACGGUGUGAUUUCACUUGGCAUAAUUAUACCGCAGUUCCUCUUCUACCCUGAUGUCCCAGCCCGACAAAAGCCAGAUUUAGUCUUCACCGAACGGAGAAUCGAGCUGGCCCGAAACAGAAACCCCAAGGAAGGUAGAGUCAAGCAAGGCGCCUUUACCUUGGCGCAAGUCAAGCGAUGGUUCUUGACUCUUGACAUUUGGUUGCUCUGGAUUAUUUCUUUUGCGAACGCGGUCGUAGACCAGCCUAUGAAUUCCAUGGCUUUUUGGCUCAAGGAAUGGAACAAAAUCAAGCCUGGAUCAUACACUGUCCCUCAAAUCAACAACUACACAACCCCAAUUCAAGGUGUAACUGUUGUGAUCACUCUCUUGAGGGCGUGGUCGAGCGAUACCUGGCUCCGUGGUCGCCGGUGGCCUAUGCUCGUCGUGGGUAGUACCGUGGCUGCUAUCGUCGAUCCAACGCUUGCUAGCACGUCCGUAUUUCCCGGUAACCGUGCUGGAAGAUGGUUCCUGUACUAUCUCACGGGAUUUUGUCAAGCCAGUAACUCAAUGUUUUGGGCCUGGACUCAGGACACUUUGGUUGGAGACCCUGCAACCAGGGCGUUUGCCUCCGCUGGUUUGAAUGUUUGGGCUUCACUCUCGCAUGCCGUCAUACCUCUGGCUAUAUUCCAGAUUGUUGACCAGCCGGCAGUUGUGGCUGGAAACUAUGGAUCUGCAGGGUUUGCUAUUCUUCACUCUUUGACGUCUCUUGGACUUGCUUACUUGCAACAUACCCGCUCGACGAAAGUGGUCACCGAAGAUGACGAGUCUGAAGAAACCGAAGAAACAUCGGAGGGAAGUGCGAAUAAGACUGUCGCGGUGACUCAAAGAGAAGUAUAA